AUGUGCGCGCGCCGGCUCGGGCGCCUGCGCGACGCCGUGCGCCUCUUCCGCGAGCUGGCUCGCGACGCUCCGCCGGCGCUGCACGCGCUGUCGCUCCACGAAAACCUGAUCGAGGCGCUGCUCGAGCAGCGCGCUUAUGCCGACGUGCAGGCUGUAAUCGCGCGCUGCGAAGACAUCGGUUUGGGCGCGUCCGCCGCCGUGCUGUACACGAGCGCGCUGCUAAGGGCUCGCGCCGCCGCUCAGCAGGCGGGACCCGGCGCGACUGGCGUGCGCGCACUCGACGCGGCCGCGCUGGACGCGUUGCGUCGCGCCAUUGAAUUCAACCCUCACGUCCCGCCGUACCUUCUGGAACUGCGCGCCCUGGCGCUGCCGCCGGAGCACGUCGUGCGGCGUGGCGACAGCGAGGCGCUCGCGUACGCGUUUUGGCACUUGAGGCACUGGCGCGCAGCCGACGGUGCGCUGCGUCUGGCGGCGGAGGCCUGGGCCGCUUGGGAGCGUGGGGCCUGGGCGGCGUGGCGUGCGCAGCCGCAAUGCCAGCGUUGCGCAGACCGCGAGCUGCUGCCGCCGCGCGCACCUCCGCCGAAGCAGGCCACGCCCCCCGGGCCUGGGCCAGCACCCGCUACGCCCACUCACGGCGGACAAGAGCAGAGCGCGCGUGCGUCCCUGGCUGUGCCUGCGGCGCUGGCUUGCACGGCGCUAGUGCUACUAACGCUACUGCUGCACCGUCUCACGCUGCCUCUGCCGCUGCAGCCGCAUGCGUUACUGCGCCUGCUCGCUGACAUCUAAUCCAUAAUUUUCGGCCGUGUUGGCAAUCGAGGAUCAGGAUCAGGAUCCUCGCUUGCAUUUGCAUCUUAAAAUGUUUGAUCUCAUC